GGUGCGUCGAUUGUAACGUUGGAAAGGAAGGGGGCGCUUCGUGGCAGCGGCGGCUGUCUGACUUCUCUCUCCAAGUGGGAGUCUCAGAGAACCUGAGGAACGCGUCAUGGUGCCUCGGUUCGACGUUCACGAUCGACAGUCAAGCGCGGAAAGCCGUCGACGAUAGUUCGAGAGAGAGAGAGAGAGAGAGCGGACUUUCCUCCGUGAUUUCUCUCGUGGUUUAAGGUGCGCGCGUGCAAGCGUGCGUUCGUGUACUUGCAUUAAUGCUGCUGGCCGUUGGAGUGUAUCGUUUGUAACUGUGCGUGGGUGCGUACGUACGUAAGUGCGUGCGUGCGUGUGUCGGUGAGAGGGAGAGGGAGUGAGAGAGAGAGAAAGAGAGCGCGGAACCGCCGCGCUUCACGGAUGACUCCGCGUCGCGGCAGAGCCUCCCUGAGGCAUACUAUUCGAGCACCGUUGAGGAUCGCCGACAGCGUCGAUCGUGGGACGUGAGCGAGUCACGAUCGUGUCCUAAAUUCUUGAUUCGGGACAAAAGGAGAGGCAAGCAGGCAGGGAGAAGAAGGAGAGUUACGAAAGAGAGGAGAAGGGUCGCCGAAUCGGUCAGCAAUUUCGACGAAGUUGACCGUGCAUCAACCGACGAUCCGUUGUCGCUUGGCCAAAUGUUCCCAGAUGUGACCGUAAACAGGAUGACGUUGCUGAUGGUAGCCGUCGUCGGCUUGCCCAUGCUAAGGCUCGCGCUUGCCGAGAGCUUCGAUCUCCGUGGCGCCGCGUGCGGUACCAAACACUGCAGCCCUUCGGAGUUCUGCAGCCCUUACGAUAAACAUUGCAGACCUUGCUCGGAUGCUUGCGACGCCAGCCAACGUAAUUACCAGCCGGACGAGUGCAUGAAGGACUGUCAAGUUUACUUGCACGAUCUACGCUACGUCCUUCGCGCCGAUAUAAAACAAUAUAAUGAUCUCAGAGACGAAGUGGAAAGGUUGAAGACUAUGUUCACGGUCGCGACGACGUUAACCUGUCUCUCAUUAUGUGGGGUACUGUACUUGCUGGGAAGGACUUUAAUACGGUGGGAAAAGAUCAAGAACACCCUACCAAUACUAUUCAGAAAGAAUUGGGCGAAGAAGACAGCAAGUAAAAACAAAGUACAAGACGAUGUUGAAUCCAACGUUACUAAACAAAACAACAUCAAGCUGACUAUGCCAACUAUAAGCUCCACAGUGGAAAUGAGUGGAAAUAAUAACGAUACACCAGUCACCACGAGCACUACUCUCUCACGAAGGCAUCCCAGCGAGGACACUACUCUCGACUAUGCCUACGAUAACCCAGCGAUGACACCGAGCCCGGAGGCUGCACAGCUCAGAACUAAACGCGAGAGCUCGUUUUGAGAUGUAUGAUUUCAAUGGGCAUACAGUUCCGGUAAGA